CUUCUCGUCAUAUCACUCGAGCAAGUCUCUCAGUUUGUGAAUUUAAUUUGAUAUGCUGUAGUGUUUGUCGAUUACUAGCUCAUAUUAAAAUGGAAGAGGAUGAUCCCAUUGUUCAAGAGAUUCCAGUUUUUCUAUCCCAGGCCCUUUCGAAGAAUCUUUAUAUUUAUCAGUAUCCAGUCAGGCCAGCGAAUAGAGAUUGGAAAGAUGUUAAAGUACUGAAUGCCUCAAUCAAGCCUAAAAACCAGUUGGUGAGGCUCGAGGUUGAAUUAGACACUUACAGCGAUAAAUAUUGUCAAUCUAAGGGCGAGCAGAUUGCGCUAAAUACUGAUGGACAUCAGGAAUCUUCAUGGCAUGUGAAAGAAAAAGACAGAGCCCAGUAUUUCCGGCAUGGCAUCAUGGACAAGAUAGUGUACGAAAGUAGUUCCCCAUGCAGUGAAACGCAGCACUAUGCUGUUGCUAUACUGCAAGACAAGGAGUUGCACUGCACUCCAAUACAAGGUAUAGUGCAGUUGCGGCCGUCUUAUUCUUACUUCGACAAACAAGACAAACGUAAACAGGACAAGAGUAAGGCUGAAGAAUCUGACGAAGAAGAAAAAGAACCGGAAGCACAACAGGUGACAGUGAAAUUCGCGCGUCAAGAGACUGAUUUAGCGAAGAAAGCACGCGAGAAAUCAUUCGAAACCAUUUCCCAGCGGAUAUCUGAAGAGCCCUGGUUCGACGCCCUGUGGAGACAUUCUGAUACAGAUCAAGCAGAACUCGAGCGUCUCAAGCUGUUCAGCAUGACGUCAGCAGACGGGUCGGCGCUGACCGUCCGGGCGAAGGACUACAUCCGAACGCUGGUGCCGCCCGCGCCGCCUGACGAGGCAGACGUGGCUCCCGCCACCAGGCCCUCGCCGCAGGAUCAGAUUACGCAGAUACUUAUCAAUGCAAAACUGAUGACGUUCAACGACCUUCGCGCGCUCGUCCGUACUGACGAAGGCCAGUUACCGGAGCCGGCUCUACUAUCAGCGCUGAGCGCGAGCGCGUGCUGCGUGCGCGGCGUGUGGGCGGCGCGCUCGGGCUCGCUGUACACGCGCGCCGCCCGCGUGCCGCAGCGGCUGCUGUGCGCCGCCCGGGACCACGCACUCUACCUCUUCACACAACACCCGUACGUGGACCGGCGGAAGUUCGCCGCAGCAGUUCGUCUCCCGGCCCUCGAAGUGCUGGAAAUUCUUCAGUCAGUCGCCAAAUACAACCCCCGCACUGGCUGGGAACUCCUCAUACCACCAGACACGGCCUUCGAGGCCAAAUACCCUGACGUCAUCCAGCGCCAAAACCUGUACUGGGAGGCCAGGCAACGCCAGUUCAACGAGAUGCUGAUAGGCGAAAGUAUACCCAAACGUCAACGCAAGAAGUCCCAAAGGGAAUCGGUGAGUUCCGAUACCAUGAUGAGCCCCAAACCUAGGUGUAACAGUGUGAGUGAGGAAGACAGUGAUAGAAAGAGACACAAGAACAAAUCCGCCACUGGAGUUGGUAAACGGACUCGGCAUAUUAGCUCCUCCAGUGCGCAUGACGGAACGUGAUCUAUACAAUAGUUAGGUUAUCAAAUUUGUAAUGUAGUCACUGCCUGCUGCGUGCGACAAGUCGCGCUUUUAAUACAAUACUUUGCGAGGAACUUGCCGAUUUUUUCAAUCAACAUUCAAUGGAAUUCAUUGCCUGCUGCUGUCUUUCCCGAAAACUAUAAUCCGGACCUUUUCAAGGCGAGAGUGAAUAGGCACUUACAGGGCA